AUGAAGACUGUAAGGACUGUACUGGCUCAAGCUGCUACAAGGCACUCGCAUAUACACCAAAUAGAUGUAUAUAAUGCUUUUUUACAAGGGGAUUUGUUUAAUGAAAUUUACAUGACUCUGCCACAAGGAUUCACAAGUCAGGGGGAGAACAAAGUGUGUAGACUUGUUAAAUCCUUGUAUGGCUUAAAACAAGCUCCACGUCAAUGGAAUGCUAAGCUAACAGAAGCAUUACUAGGCUCUCAAUUUCAGCAAAGCCAAUAUGAUCACUCUCUAUUCUUUAAGAAAACUACAGAAGGCAUUACAAUGGUAUUGAUUUAUGUAGAUGAUAUGCUCAUUACAGGUGAUUGUCUGAGAUUAAUAGAGGAAACCAAAGCAAAUCUACAACAAGCCUUCAAAAUGAAAGACUUAGGAGAAUUGAAAUAUUUCUUAGGCAUAGAGUUUGCUAGAUCAAAACAAGGAAUACUUAUGCAUCAGAGGAAAUAUGCCUUAGAACUUGUUUCUGAAAUAGGUCUUGCAGCUGCUAAACCAGCAAUUACACCACUGGAUGCCAAUAUGAAACUCACAACAACAGAAUAUGAUGAACAUCUUAGAAGAACUAAGCCUACUGCACUGUUAGAUGAAGAACUGUCAGAUUCAACUCCCUAUCAAAGACUAAUAGGUAAACUCCUAUACUUAACAAUGACAAGGCCAGACAUCUCAUUCAGUGUACAAACACUAAGUUAUAUUUUACAAAAAUCAAAGAAAUCUCACGUGGAAGCAACUCUAAGAAUUGUGAAGUAUAUCAAGAACAGUCCUGGACAAGGGAUACUACUCUCCAGUAAAUGCAACAGCACAAUUUCAGCAUAUUGUGAUGCAGAUUGGGCUGCUGCCCACACUCAAGAAAAUCUGUCUCAGCAAAUCACGGUUUCAAGAAGCUCAGCAGAAGCUGAGUAUAGAAGUCUUGCAGCAACUAUGGCAGAACUUAUCUGGCUUGUGGGAUUUCUAAAAGAAGUGGGGGUUGAUACCCAACUACCUGUGGAGAUAUUUAGUGAUAGCAAAGGUGCAAUGUAA